AUGGAUCCAUCGGUAGCAGGCCUAUCUGAUCGGCACAUCGCUAUAAGGUUGUCAUUGCAGCGCCGCAGUGGAUGGCCAGACGAGGAUUGGUCGGGUAUUACCGACCAAAAGACACGCCGGAGGCUUCAAAAUCGCUUGAACCAAAGGGCUCGACGUCUUCACAAUAAAAACCAGCUAGAACAUACCGGAGAAAAAAUGACAAAGAAACGCAAUGCAGUCCCUUUUGAUAUACAAGAUAAACCAACUGCACUUGUCAUUGCCCCUCAAGCUACGAACCAUACACUAGCAAUUCCUACGAUCACUGAGAUCACUACUCUCGCGGAGAUUGACGACGUGCACCUACUGGACAUCAAUACCCUAGCGAACAAAGCAAGAAUGGCCCGAAUAGAAAAAAUAGCUCUUCAAUACUACUCUAUGGGCUCCCCGCGAACCGAUCUGUUACUCGACCUGUUCCAACUCAAUUUCACCAGAGCCAUACUCGAAAAUAUAAGGAUCUUGGGCCUCAAAUCCGAUCAGUUUCACGACGACGCAAACUCGCCAUUCAACACCAUUGGCCCCUGGCAAGAUGACACUCUUCACAGUCUUCCAAGAUAUCUCCAACCUACUACAAUACAGCGCUCUAUUCCACAUCACCCGUGGUUGGACCUAAUACCUGUUCCCCAAAUGAGAGAUAAUUUGAUUCUGGCUGGAGAAUUCGAGGAAGAAACGCAGCUUUGUCUGGAUAUGAAGGGCAGUGGGAGCACGCGAUCGGGCAAAGGAGGUAUUAUUGUUUGGAGUGAUCCUUGGGAUCCGGCAGGUUGGGAGGUUACGGAGGCUUUUGCUCAUUCUUGGGGCUGGGUUAUUAAAAAUUGUUAUGAUUUAGCGAAGUCUACGAAUCGAUGGCGGGCGAAGCGGAAUGAAAAGCCGCUAUUUCGAUUGACUUGA